CAGGGGCAGACGGGGAAAGACCUCGGGGGCGAGGUUUUCUUCCGGUCCAUGGAAAUCCGGUUCCGUCUGGCCAAAACGGAUCUGGGGAGCGACGCGUUCGUUUUCCUCGAGCGGGCGGAUGGCGUGCGGUACGAUGUUUUUCUGGAUUCGUCAACGAAAUCCCUUCGGACCACGGACACUAGUACCGGCACCGCGGUCGAUCCACCGUGGGGUGACUGUGGCACCGGCGACGCCACGUGCGUGACGCAUGCGGCAAGCGGCGUCGCCUUGUCACACGCGAACACGGACUACCUGUUGCGCGUUUCGGUAGAUGAGGCGUCGCCUCUUAAACUCCGGGUAACGCUGAACGGACUGUAUACCGUGUACGGGCCCUAUUUGUCCAAAGACAUCGAGCUCCAACUGGGGGCGAAGAGGAUCGUGGCAGUCGGGCUGGCGCCGGGGAGGAAUCGGGUGCAGGUUCUCACCCUGCCGCGGGAUUUAUUGUCAUCGACAGCCUACACUACGACGACGUCCACCAGCACGUCGUCGACAACGACACUUCCGACGCCGAAACCGUCCGACGCGGCUUUUCUGACCCCACCGGAGGACUUGAAAUUGGUGCCCACCCCGGUGAACCAGCACCCCUCUGCCCUCCAGCUGCGCACGCCCGGCUUCUUCGUGCGGGUGCUGCCGAAGAAGUACGCCCCUGCUGCGCCGUCGGGUGGGAGUGGGGAGUGGGGAAUGUACGGCCAGGACUCGGAUUGUUCGGACCUGCUCAGUGGCGGCCCAGUCGCGGGGACCCUGCACUCCGGGUCCGAGACGUGGGACGGAUCUCUCAACACCUGCGCAGCCGCAACCUCUCAGGUCGGCGGCCACUUUUUUGCGGUGCCGAGCAUGCAGAAAACCUCCUCGUCCUCGUACACGAACACCAAAAAGUGUUGCGUCAUCUACAAGGACGUUGAAAUGGAAUAUGCGGACACAGACGACGCUAACUAUGACUACAUCUCCUACCGCCUGGAGGGACCGAACUCGGGCACUUGGGACCUUGGGUUUUUCGCAUCUGCCAACUGCGGCAUUCUUGGAAGUGAAUUCAGCUACUCCUACUAUGGGCGAUGCAAUGCGCAGGGGGAGCCGGCGUCUAUCCGGCCGUGGCAGCAUGAGGCACCGGGCGAAGUGUUUGACAGAGCUACCGAAGGGGUGGAGGCGUGCGCGGCAGCGGCCUACGCAUUGGGGUCCGUGACUUUCCAGGUCGGGCAUCGCUCUUCUGGCACGAACUAUCCAAAUUGCUGUCGCAUUUUUCAUGGUUUCCCAAAAGACGAGGACAAGUCGUGCUCUGGGGUGUGGAGCCACCACCUUUGGACGUACCAGCUGCACGGCAAAGCCGUCAUUGUGCCGGACGGGUUCGCGCUUCAGCGGCAGCGGGCCACCGGGACUUGGGACACCUGCUCCACGCACGCCCCGGGCGUGUUGCGUCCCGUGACCUACGCCGUGGUGCCCAGGAUUACUGCGGCACCGUCUGAGGUGACGCCGGGACAUCCAGAGCCAGGCGUCGUUGUUUCCGGCGUCGUUGUUUCCGGCGACGAAACUGAUGUCGCAUCCAACCUUAUUGACGGAGACUUCACUACUCAGGUCAAGCAUGCCAUCGAUCCAAGGGGGGUGAUGUAUGCACAAAUUGAUCUUGGCACACUUCUGCCGGGCGGUGAGUCCGGCGGCGCGCCGGUGAAUUCGCUUUCGCUCAUUUCCGAGGUCGCCAUCACCGUAAACCAUCCGUGUGUUGCAUUUACAUUUGGGGCCGCAGGUACGACCACCUGUCAAUCUAAUUAUGAGAGUGACCCGGCUGCCUUGCUGUACGUCGCCGUUGCAAACGACACUUGCGUUGGGCAAAGCGACGGCUGCGCCGCCCAGCUGGCCGACGAGGACAAGACGGUCGUUUGCGAAGCGCUGCAAUUUGCUCCGUAUCCACUCACGCACCGUUCCCGGUUUUUUAGAGAGGUGGCGCCGGACAUGGCAGAGUUUUACGUGCGCUGCCCCGCCCCAUUUUAUCCCGCCCGGUUCGCCACCCUCUUCGUGAAAAACGCGAUUGACUUCCGGCUCCGAGAGGCCGUGGUGCGGGGGUAUGGUCCGUCCGCACUCCUGCGCGACGUGAACGCGAAGCGGGCCCAGAAAAUGUGGGUCGAGUUUGCUGACGGUUCGGAGCGGCGCAUCUCCCGCAUCGACUUCUGGAACAAGCCCCACAUAGAUUGGCAGCGGGCCGCGGACUUGUAUCUGGACGACCAACUUAUUGGCGGCUUCGAACCAAUCGCCGCGUACUACGCGCCUGGCCACCCCGGGCCGCUGCCCGUUCUGGCAACCAACCUUACCGGUGCCGAGCAUCCUGGAAACGACCCGCCAGGCUCCCUGUCGCAGUUCUACGCCCACGUGUCCCAGCCGGGCCGGAUGGUCCGAGUGUCUCUCGCGGCGCACAAGAGCCGCCUCACCAAGCAGAUCCGGAUUCAGGUUGAUGCGUCGGCGCGGAUCCGUACGUGGCAGACGCGAAGCAGCGUGCAGCUGGGCGCCAUCACGCUCUGCGGGAUGGAGGUCUACGCGGCGACCACGACAACUACGACCUAUCAAAUACAAACAUGUCUGGGUCUGGAAGAAUCCACCACUUGUUUGUCAUGCAUCUUUUUCGAACACGACAAGAAUGGUCUCUCUCUCUCGUGCACACAAAAGCAUUACAGGUUUUGCGCUGGCCUUUUUAUGGUUCUCGCGCACGAGAAAUUCCGUAUUUGCGUAGCAAGAAGAUUGCGUAGCAAGAAGAAGGCAGCUCUUGGUGCUCAUGCAAUACAAGUCUUUGCCUUUUCAAGAAUCUGCAUGACACGUUUCAAUUCUUCCAGACCCAGACAUAUUUGCACUGCAUGCGACCACUUCUAGCACCACCGGCGGGGCGAGUUCUUUGAUCGCGUUGUCGGAGAGGCGGCGGCACUUCUACGGCGCGGUAGACAUUACCCCGACCGACGAAGCGCAAGCCUUGGCGUCGAGCGAAGACAUGCAGAUCGAAAGCUUUGCCAAACACCUCAUCGAUAAUGAUUUAAUGACGUGGGCUCACACGGACGAUAUGAAUAAUCGCGCGCAGCGCUGUCCGUGGUAUCAAAUCGACCUUGGCGAAGUCAUGAGCGUCCGCGAACUCGAGCUGGUCUUUUACAUGCCGCAGUACCCUGAACUCAAAGAUCUGCGGCGGCUGUUUUAUGUGGUUGCGCAAAACAGUGCGUCCGACGCUGAGUGGGACAUUCGGAAUACCGACCUUGACCGGUAUCCAGAGGGGAGUGUGCAAAACGAUGAGGGCUUUAGGGCGCUGGUUUUGCCCCCCAACCUGGGACGGUCCACCUCCGGUCUGUGCGUUACUCAGCCGAGCGGCCACUGCCUGGCGACCGCGGGAAUCACGACCCCAGCCUGCCCGAAGCCGCACGAGUUUCACGUCUGUAGGAGGAUUCGACACACCACGACCUUUUUCGGGGACGGGUUUCGAAACAACUUCGUCCCGUGGACGCACUCGAAUGGGAAUCUGUAUCAUAAUGUUACCAUCGACUGCGCUGGGCGGCCGGGGCAAUUUGCCGUCAUCGAGCUUCCGGGUGCACCCGCGGAUAAAAAGCGGGUGCUCCCGCGCGUUGCAGAAUUUCGGGUGUUUGGUAACGUGAUAACGACGACGACAACAACGACGACCACAACCACUGGGACUUGGACGGAUCUCGGCGUUGCCGGGGAUUUCUUGGACCCGAUUUGCGCCGCCGAGUACAGCGGCGGAUGCGCCGAGUAUGCGACGCUAGGGAGCGGCCAGGGGUGGGCGUACCCGACCGCAGUGGGUACCGG